AAACAAUUCUCUUUGAAUACUCCCUCCAUGGUCCCUCUGCAGCGACCAACGGAAUGCUUACAGUCAAGCUUGUAGUUAUCGGUGCUUCUGGUGUAGGCAAGACUAGUCUUCGUACUCAGUAUAUUUCAGGUCGAUUUUCGAAUGGUUACAGGGCUACCAUUGGCGCCGAUUUUAUCACCAAGACAGUUCAUCAUCCUACGAAGAAGGAUGAGUAUGUGACUCUGCAGAUAUGGGAUACAGCUGGUCAAGAGCGCUUUAGCAGUCUUUCGACGGCGUUUUUCCGCGGAGCAGAUGCUGCGCUACUUAUGUUUGACGUAAAUGUACCUCAGACGAUGGAGUCAUUGAACAAGUGGUGGCAAGAAUUCUGCGAGCGGGCACCCUUGGCAGAAGAGGACGCGGAAGACUUUUGCUGCGUCGUUGUUGGUAAUAAAAUGGAUCUUGCCAUCGGAGAACCGGCGGUCACCGGAGAUGAGGCGCAGCGCUUCAUUGAAACGCUGGUUCCCUCCACGUCGCGGCCGGAAACACCGACAAACUUUGACAUUGAAGACGGUGGUGAUGACGACGACGCGGAUAGUGGCGUCGAAUUAUCUUCCUCUCAAGUGACAGAACGCCCUAUAUAUUACCAUCGACCGUCGUCGCCCCGAUCCAUACAUUAUCACCAUCCUUCUUCGCCUUCACAUUCUCCUAACGGUCGAAUCACCAAGGGUCGCUCUCAGUCUUCCUCUCGUUUCCAUGGCGGCACGAUGACGACAACUCACACCACACUUACUAUCUAUCAUACACCUUCGUCAUCCCUUUUUGACGUGUACCAAUCUGCGAGGUCGUCACCAGAACCGCCAUCCAGUCAUUCAUCCCCAAGGGCUUCGAUUCUGCGUUCCCGACGGUUGACAAAUAUGUCCACGGGGAGCAAUAGCAGCACGAGCGCUGUUACCAUGACACCUAGUUUGUUUGCCCUGGAACAAUCUUCAUCGACGAACACAACACCGGAGGAAUCCGUAAUGUCUGCGCCGGAUCGAGGACCGAGGCUCUUCUACACGUCUGCUAAGACCGGAGAUGGUGUCGCGGAUGUGUUUGAAUAUAUCGCUCGACGUGUGGUCUUGCGAUGGGAGCACGACGAGCGGAUAGAGGCUCGGCGGCUGCAUAUCCGUGAAGCCAGUGCUGCGGAUACCAUUCGGCUGGGGCUAGAGAGAGGGACGAGUAGAAGCGGCCAUUCAAAAUGGGGGGACUGUUGCGGUUCAUGACUUAUACUUCUUCGUUCGUUCGUGGCUCUAUUCUCGGCUAUUUAUUAUUUAAUUGCACUCCUCUCCAAGUAUCUUGCUUAUUCUUAUCCUAUAUGUGACUAUAGAACCGAAUUUCAUGGAUGGCAUUUGUUGAUGAUUUAUCAACACUUUUGGAAACAAAAAUCAAGGAUAUGAUGGCAUUGAAAUGGCCCGUUGAAGAGCCAAGUAAAGGAACUUUGUUUAUUACGAGUUUUAGGGCCAAAAACUUAGUAAAUAAUGUGAUCUUGAA